UGGUGUAAAAGCAUAUAAUUAUAAUCUUUUAUUAAAAGUUUAUAUGACGACAAUGGCAUUAACCAAAUUUUCCCUAAGACAAACAUUUAUUUGGCCAUUGUUUGGAAGUCCUAACGAUUUGCCAGAUCAUCAACUACCAAGUUCUGAAGAUGUAAUGAGAUGUUGUUUUUUUCAAAGACGGGAACUGGGAGUAGAGUCAGGAGGAAACAGAGAGCCGGUCUUUUCGAUCAUAGCCGGAAAUGUUUCCAAGAAAAUCAUUCGUAUUUAUAACAAUGCUUCUAUUUCCACAGUUUCAUCUUCACGCGUAAUAUACAUGAUAAAAAGGUAUCAUAAAAAGUACAGAGAAAUUAAAAAGGGGUUUGAAUUCUGCACAUAGAAGUCCUGCUUUGAAAAAACGUGCUGAUGACUUUAAGGCGAAUACUUCCCGACUUUUUGAUAUUUCAGUUUGUAAGUGUUAAGAUUUUACAACUUGCUCAUGUCCAAGAGAAAAAAAGUUCCUCAAAAAGAGUAAGCUUUUCUGUCAGACCAAAGAGGUGCUCGUAUAGGUCGUAUCGGAAUAGUGGACAUACCUGAAAUAAAGAAACUUAUAGAAAGACAACAACGCCGCGAUGAGAUGAACAAGCAAAUUACUAAUAAAAAAUUCUGUGGUCCCGAAAACUAUACCUUGCUCUACGUUCGGCUGCAAUAUAUCGGAAGUGAAUGAUGGUUCAGAAAGUGACACCUCUAAUUCUGAUACUAGUCAGCCGAACUUAUUCAUUGGUUUUGAUUCUCCCUCUACUUCUCAAAUGCGUAUGAGAUUACAGGAAACUGCAGUUGUAAGCCAGCAGCGAUAUGGCGUAAGUGAUGGAGCAACGGCAAUGCUUGUUAAUUCAGUACUUAAAGAUGUUGGUUUGAUCUCUUCCGAAUCACGAAAUCAUUAAGUGGUCAAAUUUGCUCAAAACUAAACGAUUGCGAUAACCUUGAAGUGGUGAAAUAUGCACCUAUUAAUUGUGAAUUACCCGACAUCUUAACUAUAGAUCUCAGCAAAGAUCAAAAGUAUUUGCUGCAAAUAUAAAAGGCAAUCCAAAGAGGUACAUGCCCUUUGGAACUUAUAUUUUGUGAUCCUGGUCGAAUCAACCACGCUCGCUGGCUUACGUGUGCUAAUAGAAUUUGCGUUUGUGUAUUUCAACAGUUCGACCUUCAGCUAAGCUCAAAGAUCAUGCAUGUUGCACUCUACCCAAUCUCGAUUUUGAUGCGGAUGAUUACAGCAAAAUGGUAAACUGGUCUUCGGUAAAUAUAAUCUCUCUUCUAAAGAACGUAACAAAUGAAAUUCUUACGGAGAUUUUAUCAUCCAACAAUGUGUAUGAGAAUUGGGCGUUCUCUAAAUGUUCAUGCCACAUACUUGCGGUGGAGCGAAUGGAGAAACUCGUUACUGAAACAUCGCUUCAAGUAUGCGGAAUUGACGCUCGGGAUGGAUUCAUUCGGUGUAGUUUAGCAUCCCUUCAAACUAUGCCUCAGUUUGACAACAAAGCACAAUACUCCCUCUGAAAAAGAAAAAACUUUGGUAAACAUGAACUGAAUUAUUGCUUUAAGUUUAAAAACCGCAGUGUUUUCUUGAAAUACCUUUUAUUUUAUUAUUUUAAUAUUAUACCUACAAUAUUACAAAACAUGAAAAAAAGAACAAAACCAGUUAAAAAUAAAAAAUAAAUAAAAUAAAAAAUAAUAAAAAUUAAAAAAUAAAUAAAAAUUAAAAAAAUAAAUAACAAAUAAAAAAAAACAAAACAAAAGAAAAAAAAACAAAAAAAUAGGAGCCCAAAGUGCAGGAACCUCCACGUAGUGGGUUCUGGGCUACAAGAAUACUUAUGUACUAGUAUUUUCGCAAUAAAAAGUAGACAAAAACCUGCACAAUCAAUAACGUUUUAUUAUUAUUUUAUAGUGUGCAGGUGUUUAAUCUUGGAUAAAUCUAUGUCUAAUUAGCUUAAAGUCCUUAUUUUUGGUAUGAAAUGUGCUCCGGAAUGUAUGCAUAGAGAAAAAAAAAUAUCCUCAAAAAAUAAAAUUUUUCAGAAUAUCAAUUGAAAUUUCAAUAUUUGAGGCCUCUGCUGGCGACAGAAGAUAUCGUUCGGUUGGGCUGAAAUUUGGCACACACUUUAUUAGUUUAACAGUGCAACUUUUCCGCACUAUUAGAAUUCGAUCCUAAAAAAAUUUUUUUUCGGCCCACUCAACCUUAUUUACCACAACCUCAUUUUAUUUAUAAGUUAUUUUCAAGAAACCCUUGCUCCUCAGGGAUAUUACGGUUUCUUUCCUUUCAUCUCCUUACCUAAAUCUUCUUCCAAAAUUGGAUCGAAUAGUUGUUGUUUUAACAUAAAUGAUGUAAAAAUAUACAUUCUUCCAGGUUUCACAAUUUUUAUUCAAACUGCGGUUCUUAACAAUUAUAUGUGAAAAGUGACAUCAAUGAGUACGUUUACAAGUAAACAACGCCAAACAGUCGAUUCAUGAACACCUAACUUUUGAGAACAUCGAGAUAUCGACGUUAAAGAUUAUUUAGCAACAUUAUUCUCAAUAGAACGUCCAGUUUUAGGCCAGCCAGUUCUUUUUCUCUCCUCGACAGAACCUGUUUCUUGAAAUUUUUCACUAACCUUUGAAUUUUCGACUCAUUCGGACGAUUAUUUCCACCAAAGAAUCGCGAAUUUUGUGUUAUGUUAUUCUUAAAAAGCUACCAUUUAUUACGCACUACUGAUAUCUAGACGUCACUUUUGAAAGAUCACUUUUAUCAUAUAAUAACAUUCGAACUCAUGUAUAUGGAUAUAUUUAUAUCGAUUCAUGAAUUUUAAUUGCUUUAUUUCAGAACAACUACACAGUCUCAAAACAAGACUGUAAGCGGUUUGAGUACAAGUGGAGGCAAUGAGAGCGGCGGAGCUAAGGAUGUCACAAAUAAGAGCAUUUCGAUGACUGAUAUGUAUUUUGACAACUCGGAGCCUAGCGAGAAUGUUGGCCAAAUACACUUUUCUCUGGAAUACGACUAUCAAAACACCACACUAAUAUUGAAAGUUUUGCAGGGUAAAGAGCUACCAGCUAAAGACUUAAGUGGCACAUCUGAUCCAUAUGCUCGCGUUACAUUGUUGCCUGAUAAAAAGCAUCGCUUAGAGACCAAAAUUAAGCGACGCACUUUAAAUCCUCGUUGGAAUGAAACAUUCUAUUUUGAAGGCUUUCCCAUACAAAAACUUCAGUCUAGGGUACUACAUUUACAUGUGUUCGACUACGAUCGGUUCUCCCGCGACGACUCUAUUGGGGAAGUUUUCCUACCACUAUGUCAGGUUGAUUUCGCUAGCAAGCAAUCAUUUUGGAAAGCACUGAAACCACCGGCUAAGGAUAAAUGCGGUGAAUUGCUUUCAUCGCUCUGCUAUCACCCAUCAAAUUCAAUACUAACAUUAACAUUGAUUAAGGCUCGAAAUCUGAAAGCAAAAGAUAUCAAUGGCAAAUCAGAAUUGGCUUUUUGAAAUAGUAUUUCGCACGGGCCUCUCUGGCGGACAUUCUCAACGCUUCUGAAUGAAGUCACUAGCGACGGAAACAACUUCCACGGAGUCUCCAAACAACCAUUCUGUAGAGCCAUUGACAGUGUAUUCAAUUAGCAUAUGGGUCUUUAAAACACUUCUUUCCCAAAUUCAAACGUUGGACGUUCUUAACCCGUAUAUAGCAAAACACGAUAUGAUUGCACAUUUUUGGAGAAGAAUAAAUAGUUAU